AUGGAAACUCCCCUUAAGGAUUUGAUUAUAGCAACGAGUACCUCAUGUGAGGUAGAUGCGCUAGGAUCUUUGGAAAAACAACUUAUCCCCGAUAAAGGGAAUUUAUCUAUUGAAGACUUGGAGCAAGAAUGGUUGGAAUUAGCGAGCAGUACUCUUGGCGACGACUCGUCAUCAAUCAACCCUUUCCCAGAAAAACAACCAGAGAAACUACUCACAAACGUGGAAGACUUGAAAAGAUUUACAUUGUAUUUAUUCGAGAGACGCUAUGGCUGGUCAGAAGCGCUGAAUGACGAGGUGAAAGUUGAAUAUGUGCAUGGCUUAGGAUCGCAAGUAACGAGUCUCAACACUGAGGAAGAUGUGAAACUGAAAGGACGAUUGAAUGAUUUACUGGAUGAUUUUUUGAAAUGGUAUUUGUGUCAGCCAUUAAGCCAACCCUUACUGGAGAGUCUCAAAUAUACAGUAACAGAAGCCAAUAACUUGCCGGUGGUGCGUAAUCAGACAAUGAUUCAUGUUAUGGAAUGGUUGAAAGUAAAUGCCCAUGACACAACAAGGAUUAGUGAUAACCUGGAUUUGAUUAAGGAUUUGAUGGUUACCGGAAUAACUGACAUAUGGUCAGCGAUACGAAAUGCAUGUGUUGCCAGACUGAGCCCCAUUAUUGAACAUUUGAAGAUAUCACAGAUGAAAGCUUUUUUUGAUGCUCUCUCCAAGAUUUGUUUGAAUAAAGAGAGCACGUGGCAGUCUGUGGAAGGUGCAGUAAAAGCUCUGAACGUGAUAAUACGUCGGUUUCAGUGGAUAGGAUUUCACCCAUCAUUGAUAGGACCAGACAGUGAUAAGGAUGUAUAUUAUUUAAAGUUUGGCCGUGAGGAAUUAACUCAGCUUCCUGAUUUUAUAACCAGUAACAUCCACUCCAUUAUAUUUCCACUAUUGGAACAUCCUCAGCUGAGCAUUCGUGAAAACUCAAUAAAAGCCUUCUCAUCUUUCCUCUCAAGAUGUGAUUUUAAGGAAGCGUUGUCAUCAUUCCAAGAAGUCGUGAGUUUACUGUGUAAAGGGGCAAUAUUAGAAUACAAGUCAGAUAACAUUGUGUCAUCUGCAUUGAAUGACUUACCACACCUUGCUGUUAUGAGACCUGAUUAUAAAUUUCUUGAUGCUUACCAUGCAGAAGGUUUACUGGGUGUCUGUAUAUUUCUUGUUAAGGUAAGACACUAUCUGGGUGGGAAAGGGUUGAUAGGUUUUUUGUGGGAAGGUUUACUGGGUGUCUGUAUAUUUCUUGUUAAGCAAAUUUCUCCAGGAUAUUUACUACCACAAUGGCCUUUGUACUUUUCAACGUUCAGUUUAUACUUAUCACAUCCAGCGUCUACUGUAAGACAAGCCACUAGCGCAGUCUUCAAAUAUAUUGUUGCUAAAGAUAGUAAUAACCCAAGUCUGCUUAAACUCGUACUGCAAGGACUGUGUGCUGAGUGGUCUAUUGAUAUGCUAUUAUUAACGCAGCAAGUCAAUUACCGCUCAUUUUACAAAUCUGUUGUUGGUGCGGAUAGUUCAGAUCAUGAGGAGAAACUUCUUCCUAUUGCUAGGCGACGAUCAUCUGAAAGCCACGAUAGUGCUCGUGAAAAUGAUUCAACCUCGCCAUCCCAAGGACUGCUUUCUAAAACUCGACGACUCAGUAUUAAGAAAGUUAACACUCUAGUUGGUUCUGGAGACCAGGCUUACACCACAGCUGAUGGCAUCAUUGCGAGGUCCUGGGAAUGGAGAGAAGGGCGACUCUUUGCAUAUGAGCUGAUUAUUAAGUUUCUGAUCAUCAACCAUAUCCACUAUUUAUUUCCAUCUUACGCACUACCACCUCAUAAAUUUGACGGUAUGGCAUCAACCGAUGACACAUUGACUACAAGCCAUCAGAACAGAAUGAUAGAUUCAAGACAAGGCACACGAAGUCAAAGCCAUGGCGCUGCUACAUUACAUAAAGUGUUUCAAACGGCCAAAACACAGUUACAAUGCAGUGUCAGCAGUCCUUUGAAUCCCAUUAAAAGACAUUAUACUUACUUCACCAAACAGGGAGAACAAAAAGUUUCUGCCAAGUUGGAGUUCUUGGCGACAGCGACAUCUUUGUUAAAUCAGACUAAACGAAUGGACGGGACACAGAUUGCAUUGGGAUCCGAGACAGCAGCAGAUUAUAGAUGUUUACAUUCCCCUCUGAAAGGAAACGUUUCUGAACGGAGUCUGGAUAACUCCAGUGAUGUAGAAUUAUUGAAACACUGCUUGUGUUCAGCUAAAACUGGGACAAGUACAGAAGAUAUCACAGUACCUGAAUGGAUCAGUGUGGUAGAGUGUGAAUGUUUGGCAAAUAUACUGAAAACAUUACUAUUGCAAACAGUGGAAUGUCUUGCUGAUACAAGGUGGGAGUUGAGAAGAAUGGGACAACAGACACUGCCCUUAAUCACAGAGUGCAUACGAUGGUACAACAUGUACAUAUUAAAGAGUCUUUGGGACAAGUACUUAGUUAACGAGACAACAUUAAUAUGCUACGGAUCAUGUAUUGCAUUAAAGUUUUCCAUCAAUCAUGCUGUCAGACUUGUACAUUUCUUGGAACAGCCACCUGCAUCUUGGAAGGACCCCGGGGCAUGCCGACAGAUUGCGCUUAGCAUUGUUGAUGUUGUACGAGAUGGUCUGGCAAACUGGAUGAGACCAGUGCACCAACUCAUUCACCGGCCCAACUUUGACAAGCUCACGGUGGUUGCUAUGGAAACAGUAAUGUUGGCUCAUAGCUGUUUUCCACAUCAUGUUCCUGACAAAUCCAUGGAAGAAUUGACAAUUCUUAAUGUAUAUAAAAAAUUAUUUGUACACGCCCAUCGAGAUCAUUUACUUGCCGAACAGUUGAAGAGUACAUUGGAUUCACAGCCACUGCAGAUAGCAUUAGAAGGAUUCCUAAACUGUUGUUUGAGGGAUGAUAUGAGCGAGACCUAUCCACAGCAAGUUGAAAAAUACACAGUAACAGAGACGUAUCCGUGGUUACCUCACUUCUUAAGAUGUUGUGAUGUGGAGCAUGCUGUAGGGAUUUUACCAAUAUUAGUACACCAUCUAGGCUAUUACUGUGAAGGUCUUGAUGUGUGUAGAUCCCUAAUAGAAGGAAUUCACAUUCUACUGAUGAUGACAGGAGAGUAUUUACAUAAACAUUGUCAAGUGAAACCAACUGGUGAUAUGGCACUGAAUUACGACUUAGCAGUGAUGGAAUUAUGUAAUCUAAUCAAAUUUAAGACCUUGGAAUUACCUCUGGUGCGUCAAAUACUAGACUUAUUUUAUUCUCUAAGUGUUUAUGUCAACGGUACUGACCAUCUCAACAAAGUGUUUGAAGUUAUAACAUCAAGAUUAGAUCUGGUAUUUGCCAUUGGUAGUGAUCCGUCCCCAUUUAGACCUGAUAGCGAGAACUAUGGCGGUGCUAGCAGUAAUCUUGUGAUAUUAUCUAAUGAUAUACCAGUCAGUCCAGUCGAAGUGAAAGACGAUAUGUCUGAUGAAGAAGACAAAGAGCCAGAUGCUGUAAUUCAAGAAUCACUGGUAUUAAACACAAGUAAUAACAGUGGCCAGACCCCUGUCAUGACAAACGCAACACCUGAAGGUAGAGGGUUGUCACCGGCUACUGGCGAUGUCGACUCUGAAUCCGACUCAGAUUGGGAUAGCUGGGAAGAUGAAGAAGAGGACCAAACAGCAUUGACCUGUGUAUUUGCUGAGUUUCUAGACCGAAUACAGGCACUGUAUUCAAAGAGACCCAAUGGAGGUAAAUACAGUGAAUUCCAUGAAGAAUUGAUGAAGUCAGGGGAAACUGAAAAGAAACUCAUCAACAGUCUCCUGGAUAAGGUGUGA